UCCAAAUUAUUUUGAAUGUAUGUCAUGGAAUAAUUAAUGCACUAUGAAAUGAUUUUGUAGGCUAAAAUUUCCAUUUCUAGAUUUAUGGACUUCAACCGUGUUCCUAAACCUAAAUGGAUUGACUAAGUAAAAUGUUGAGUAGAUUUUCCGAUGUUUUGCAGACUGCUGCUGACGUUUUGGCCCCGCCGGCUACGCGGCUGGAGGAUUUUGAGUACCAUUGGAAGAUGAUAUUGAAUUUCUACCAAAACUAUGAUGAUAACAGUAAGAUACAUGUUGAAGACUCCCGGAUACCCCAUCAUCUACAUCACAUGUUACAAUUAAUUGUGGAAGAAGAGAAGGAACAACAAGGGGGCACAGUUGGUCCCUGUCUCGAGUCGAUCAUCCAACGCUCAAUAUGUGUGCUGGACGUAUUGACAGCCCUAGCGGCGGCUGAUAGGCCUCCGGGCGCCAGAGCUCUAGCUCUCACUACAGGGACAGCGCUUUUGAGGAGGACCAGGCAUCCAUGUCUGAAUAGCGCUCAUGUUUAUAGGCCUCUUCAGAGAAUGCUAAUACAAUGUAACGAAAACCCAGCAUCACCGACGGAGAAAGAAGAAGUGGAAUUGCUCCUUACACUCUGCGGCUUAGUCCGCAAAGAGCCCGGACUAGCCAACAUAUUCACAACACCAUUUGUCGAAGACAAAUCUACAUUACUUAGUAUACCGGAAGAUAUUCAAAAGCUAAUACCAAUCAAAACCAAAGUGCAAACACCAAAAAAGAAUCCCCUGUUCGAAGUGGAGUUGCCACCGAAUCCGCUCAAGAGUGUGUCUAUAGUGAGAACUAACAGUCAUGAUAAUGGUUCAAACAGUUCCGACGAUGCAUCUUGUAAAAGCCACAAGACUGUUUACGAAGAUAAUGAUAAGUUCCUGUUGAUAGAUCUACUGCUUUCUUAUUUAAAUAGUGCCGACAACCAAGUGGUACUCCGGUCAUGCGAAGGCAUCAUGAUAGUGUCCUCACUACCCUCGGACGAUAUCGCUAACCUAGUCACUUCCUGCAGCCCUGUUUGUGAAGCCAUCGUGGAGAAAUUGGCGCAGAAAUACAAGUGUAUUCCCGCCAAUUCUGACCCGGGCGAUGUCGGCCAUCUUAACAUCACCAGAUACGUGGUUCACGACUUCGGAGACAAACACCUGAACAAGUUCCACGGGCACCGGGAGAUGACCAGCUUCUUCUCGUGGCUCGACUACUGCGACACCCUCAUGAAGGAGUGCCACCCGUCGAUAGCGUCCCACCUCUCCAGAAUAUUCCGUCAGAAUUUCCUGGAGUCGUGCGCGGAAACAGGUCUGAGGGAUUUACACCACGCGGCUCUGGUCGCCGCCGUACUGGCCAAGUGCUUGAAGGUCAUCGAUUCGCCGGAUUUAAUAAAUGAGUUCUCAAACUGGCUGGUGGGAGAGGGAGAGAUGUCGGAGUGGCCUCUCCUCCACACGCUUAUCAACAACUGCCUCACGGAACAUCACGACAUCACGCUAGAAACACUAAGGUUCUUUGAGACAAUCAUAGAGAAAGGCACGGAACACAGCAUACACAGAUUAGUUCUCUCCCGCGUGUGUUCCCGCGGGUACUACUCGCCUCAGACCAUACAGGAUGACGACGAGAGAGACAGACUGAACGAUGUUAGCUUGUGGAGAGAAAGAGAGAGGAAUAAAGAGGCGCUGCAGCAGCUGCAGCACGAGGACCGCGUGGCGGAGCAGAUCGCGGCGCUCGCGGGGCUCCGCGACCAGCCGUGGGCUUCCGCCGACCUCCACAUGCUUGUCAACAGUUUCCUGCUCCUGCUGCCGCGCGCGAUCCUCUCGGAUCCGGUGGGCUCUGACUACGAGCACUACAUACACGACGCGCAUAGACACUACCAGUACUGGCUGGACACAACAGCCACAUUCAACUGGCCGACCGACCAGAACUGGACCGACAACACGGCCAGCUCCACACACAGCUACGAUAGCCGCCCAGAAGCCGACAUACAUCUCGAUGAAGCGUUCGAAUCGGCAAAAGCCGACAGUCCCAACACUAGCCCCGACACACACUAUUCUAUUGACAGCCAAUUUUCACAAAAGUUGGUCAUUAAAAAAGAUAAACAUUAUUCUAUAAAUUCAAAUUCAGAAGACGAGUUCGACGAAGGGCCUUUUAUGAAAAUGUUGUUCAAAUUACUUAGCAAUAUGCCCAGUCAGCCUUAUCAGGUUAAUCUUCUCUUGACGGCCAUUAUUUCAAAGUUGGCACUCAUGCCGCAUUCGAAUCUCCACGAAUAUUUGUUGAACCCGAUGUUGCCAACUGCGAAAAAGACGCAGACGCUGUUCAAAACGAUGCAGGAUUUAGCUAGGAGACUGACGAUGGAGAUUCCUAGAAUACGGAAUUAUAAGAAGGUUAUAGAGAACACGAGGUUGCAGCUCAUGAGUGAAGACCCUAGCUACGAUGAAAGGGGCGAACACAACCAGUUAGUGGAAAGCCUGAUUGUCCUCGAAGAAUUCUGCAAGGAGCUGGCGGCCAUAGCCUUCGUCAAACACCAACACAACGUUGUUAUGAAUAGAUAAAUGUAUGUUAAUGUAUAAUGCUGUAUGUACAAUGUGUUAUUGUAAACACUAUUUAAUUUUCCAUAGCAAGUUUAACUAUUCAAAAUAGCAAAAAAAAAAAAAAACAAAUUCCUUUAUUUUGCUUUAAAUC